AUGAAAGAAAGACUGGUAGCCUUCCAGUGUCAGGACUGGAACACUGUCAACACACUCAACAGACAGAUCAAAAACGACAUAACAAAGGCCAAACUCAGGUACAAAGACAGGAUUGAACAGGAAUUCAGCAGUAUAAACACCAGACAGGCUUACCAGAAAAUCAAGACCCUCACUGGUCAAGCACCCAGCUUAGGACACAAGAUAUCAACCAACGCCGCCACUUUCGCUGACUCCCUGAACUCCUUUUACACCCGCUUUGAUACCGCUGACCACUCUGCCCUCUGCGAUGAGCUGCUCAGUGCCUUGCCCCCAGACGCUCCAUCUCAGCCUCCAUUUUCUGUGGAAGAU